AUGCUUCUCUGGACUCUCCUUGUCUGGUCGUAUGCAAUUUUUGCCAGCUGUACCACUGUUCGCCUCUCGAAUGCUUCAUCAGGCGUCAAGCUGCGCCUCUGGAAUGCAGUUGUUGGCUUAGUGAACGACGAACAGCUUGUUCAAGACCUCUAUUUUCUAAUUGCAGGUGUUAGUGAUGAGCUUGAUGAAUUAAAAACAGACUCUACCCCACUAGAUCAGAUUGUUGAGGCUUUGGCACGUCAUAACCCUGAACUGGCGUCUCUUCUUUCGCUGCGAUACGCGUUGGAGCCGGGUUUCAGUAACGACACUUCUAACCAGAACUACUUCCUGCUCAACAAUAAGCGUUUCGAGAAUGCAGACGAUAUCUUCUACUUGAAAACUGAUGACUUGAACGCGCAGAAGUCUGCCUGCAUUAAUGACGUUCUCGAUAAUGAGGACGUUGUGAUGGGCUCCAACCGGGACGCACCUGUAAUUCUCUUUUACGGGUGUGACAGGGUCGAAGACUGGGAAGAAUUUAACAGGAACUUGUACAUGGAAGCACAGGCUGGCAAAGUCAGGUUUGUAUGGAGAAGCACCUGCCCAAACGACCUUCCAUUUGAGUUUGAACCUUCUGCUGUGGCGCUUACCGUGAAGGGCUCGCAGUGGAACACUGAGUUUGGUCAUGCACUUGAUGUGCCAGAAAGCCUGGUUCUAGGCACAGAGCCCAGCUUCAGAGCUCAACAAGUUAGUGAUGAACAGCUCCAAGAUUUAGACAUGAAAGUGGGCACUCUAGUUUAUGAUUUCUAUGAAAAAAGUCAGAAUGCUACGGAAACUAUCAGGUAUUUCAGACAAAUUGUCAAUAAUUUCCCAGUGUUGGCUCGAUCUUUGGCGGAACAAGGGGAUAUUACUAUUGACAAUCGCUGGGAAGCUGCUCUCAAAAAGCUUGCCAAAGAAGGAAUUGACAACACCAUGCUGGGCCUUUUCGUCAACGGGCAAUUUCACAAGUUAUCGAAUCUGAACAAAUGGUCUGUGCUACAAUCUGUCAUCCUUGAGCUCCAAAGAGUUAACUUCCUCAUGGACCUUCUCCAAAAAUACCAAAACAUAACGCCAGGAGAGUCUUUAGUUUUAGCCAAGAAGCUUCUGAAUACCUUUUCAAAGCGUUCUUUAACCACUCAACAACUUUUGCAGCCGGUGAAAUAUGAUCUGCAUCGGAUUCCUGGCUUUUCUGAGAGCAUAAUCUACUUCAAUGAUAUCGAGUUAGAUUCAGAUUAUGCAGAAAAACUGAAAGAUGAUAUUGCAAUGUUUUUUGAAGAAUCAGAAUUCGGAGAGCUGCCUGCAUAUCGCGAAAACUGGAAUGAAAUUGUUUUUGUGAUCGACUUCUCAGAUCUUCGUUCAAAGGACACAUGGGAGGCUCUGCAGGGUUUGCUCAGAGCGCUACAAGUAGUAAAAAAGGGCUAUCCACAAAGAAUUGGCUUGCUCCCUUUUAGCACGAGUGCCCAAGACCAUGGAGUCCUCGGCAAAAUUUAUGAGCUGAAACAGAAUAAACCACUGGAGACUUUGGUAAGUUAUUUAGAAGAUCUUUCUCCUAUCGAGCGCCCUCAACAAAGUGUCUUUCAAAAAUUGCCUCCUGUGCUCGAAAUCAUAAAUGACAGGCUGAAGAUUAACGAGACAUCCAUUGUUAUAAACGGUGAGAUUUACCCUUUCAAAUCCAAUCUUUGGAAUUAUCUGGUUUCUAAAGUGCUGAAAAAAGAUGUAUCUUUCAUCAAAAGUGAACUGCUGAGAAUAAAUACCAAGAACUUCAAAGCAAGAGAAAUACUCCAUGCCAAAUCGUUCAUUGAGAGAAAUAAAAAAUAUGCCCCAGAUUAUUUCGAAGAUGCAACAUAUAGCAACACCAAUGUGACUGCACUUCUUUCAUUAGCACACCGCAUCGUUGAGACUUCCACUGGAGGUGGUCUAAACACCAUUCACACGGUAACAAUAGUGGAAGAUUUUAACACACCACUUGGGCUCCAAAGGCUCAUACACCUACUUCAAAUAAAACUUCACGGAGUGAGAGUGAGGGCUGUGCAUUCAGGAUUAUUAGGGAAAAAUUGGGACAAAUUGAAAUUCACAAUAUCAAACGCUGACACCUCCAAGCUUCAAAAUUAUUUGAGGAGUCUCAAAUCUAACGGAGAGUGUAAUUAUAUCGAGCCAGCUAUAGUUGGCCAAUGGCUCCUUGACCUUCCUCGCAAGAUUUUGCAAAGAACAUCAUAUUUGGCAGUUAACGGCAGGUUUAUUCAUUUUGAACAGGGUGAACUUCCCACAAUAUACGAAUAUGAGAUGAUUGUUCAACGCGAAGCUACGAGGGUUUUGGAUGCAGUCGCAUCGCUUCAGGAAGUAUUCCCGGACUCUUUGAAGGAACCCCUUGACCCGAAUUACGUUGAAAUGGUUUCUGCUGUCCUGGCAAAAAUGUUUUACGACGGUGAGCGUCUUUAUAACAAUGGCAUUGAUUUCACAGCGGAAGCUUCGAUAUCAAGAAUAAAUUUGGGUGAAUUGCUUCCUUCUGAAAGCUUUGGUGCUUUCCAAACAAGUGAGGAGCCAAGAAAAGUUGAAGUAACUCUCAUCCUAGACCCUUUGGAGGAGAGGACCCAGAAUCUGCUGGCAUUGGCAUCCUAUCUUGGGAGCUUGGAUUUUCUCAAACUCCAAGUUGUUCUAAUGCCAACAACAGAUCUCAAAGUUUUUCCAAAUCACAGGUUAUGGAUCGAGGGUGAAAAAGAUUUAUCAAUCAUAGACACUCGAAAGUUUUAUGUUGAUGUCGAAGUCCCGCCAUAUUUGCAUGUUGGAGAGAGAAAAGACAAUGUUUUUGAACUGGAAUACAUAAAAGUCGAAGUCAACGCUUUCGAAAACAAGGAAGAGCCAUCUAAAGGUCUGGUUGAAGGCAUUGGAAAUGUGUGUUUGAAUCUUCUCAAUGCAAACCACGAAGUCAUUGAUACCGCAACCACAACUGAUACUUUUGGUUAUACACAAUUCAGAUUGAGGAGGCUGGAGCAGGGCCUUACAAUUGAGAGCUGCUCAAGCAAUUACCGGGUCUCGUCGUUUACGUCCAAUUCAAAGGCAGACUACAUAGCCUCGGAUCAUUUUGAUGUUACAUCACUAGCUCCCACGAGGCUCUAUGUGAGGCUCGAAAAAACGCAAGGCAUGUUGCCAGAAGUUUCUGAGGACAAUCGCAUCAUCAAUAUUCUCUCAAUAAUAGAGAAUGCCGAAGAUGAGGUGUCUUUUGAGAAGCAGGCUAGUAGUGUCAUGCGGUCCCGCGGAUCCUUCGAUACCAAAUUUUGGAUAAUCUUGGGAGAAGAGCCGUCUGCCUCAUUUUUAUCGUUUGUUGAGUUUAUGACCGCAGAAAGUGCAGGGGAAGUGACCUUUGAAUAUUUGACCGUGGAUUGGCCUCGGUGGUUGAGACCCCAGAGGUUCCGUCCGCGCCAGCUUGCAGCCGCGAAAGUAAUGAUGCUAGAUACGCUCUUCCCUAAAGGUGUGACCAAGGUAGUAUACAUGAGCCCCGGUGCACGAGUACCAAACAUCACCGAACUUUGGGAAUAUGAUUUUGACUCAGUGUUCUGCGCCCCUCGCGCAUACCAGCGUGACGGUACCCCUUACUGGAAGCAGGGAUACUGGCGCAAUUUCUUAAGCAAAAACAACCUAAAGUUUCACGCCACUGAGCCCUUGUUCAUCGUGAAUCUCGGCAAGUACCGUCAAGAACAUGCCGGCAGCAAAUUUCGCAUUCACUACCAGCGUCUUUCACCUGGUAUUAACUUUUUGGUUCAGCUUGAUCAAGACUUGCUAAAUGACAUGCAAACUCUCUUUCCUAUAUCAUCUUUGAAUAAGAGGCUAUUAAAGGUCGCACCUCACCUGCAAACCCUUGAUGAUAACCUUUAUCAAUCUCUACAGGAGAAAUUCAACGCCAAGAAAAGCGGACAAAAACUCGAAGACCUCUCCGAAACAAUAGUACAUGACGAGUUGUAG